CUUAUUUCUACUGAUUGGGUCGAAGAAAGUUGCCUUGGAGGUAACGGUGCUCGAUAUAUUUUGAAUGUGUACUCUUGGCGUUGUUUCUUGGCGAUAACGCACCAAUGCUUGAUUUUGGAUUUACUAAUAUAAGUCGAUCCCGGGCGAGUCGUCACUCACAACUGCUACCAGUGCAACCGGGAACAUAUGGGCGCACAGAAUUAACAGGUCGUGGAGGUUACACAGAUUGCUGUAUCUGCCUUGCAUGGACACCAAAAGCUCUCGUUGAAGACGUGCAUCUGUAAUGGCUGGGUUGUUCGAGUCCAAGCUGACCGGAGUCAAUACCCACGAGACGUAUCUGGACCAUUUGCGAGGUCGCGAUUUGAUGUUGAAAUUUACUCACCUAUUUUCAGUACAGAUGACCCGACGACAGGGAACGACUAGAUGGAGCCUGCGUUCUGUUUUCCUCUACCAUGUAGUCUUUUCUCUCUCACACUCGCCCCGAAAUUCACGGUAGGUUGAUGGUAUCCUCACUGCCCAAUAAUCCGAGAGAGGGAGACCAGACCAUUGCUCUCGCAAUCUCCACGGGUACAGUAAAUGGAACACAAACCUGUUGGAAUUGUCAAUUUUCCGAUCGAUGCUCCAGCCGUUCAGCCUGUGCGCGGGUCUCUCAUUGGUUGACCUUCGUUCUGUCCCCGAUAUAGAGUUUUUCCAACAUCGACAGUCUCAUGGCCACCAGCCUUUCAAUGCGGAUGCGUGAGUAAUGCGUUCCAUUUCC